AUGGCUUCCUUAACAAAUCAAAUUUUCGUUUUUAUGGUAGUCUUAUUUCUCUUUGUUCUCAAAACAUCGGCAUCAUUAGAAAACCAUUCGUCUAUCGAUGGACUUUUACCAUUCUCAGCUAAACAUGUUACACAAACAACAUUGAUUGUGCAUUGUAGAAACAAAGGGGAUGAUUUAGGAGUAAUAAGGCUCAACUGGAAAGAUAGUUUUGAUUUCAGGUUUCGUGUCAAUCUCCGCAAAACAACAACGUAUACUUGCAGUUUCGAGUGGCCCAACAAUACAGCUACGUUUGAUAUUUUUAGAGCAGAUAGAGAUGACAAUCCAAAAAGUAAAUAUGGAGUUUGCAGCGAAUGUAUUUGGAGCAUAUAUGAGCCAACUCCUUGUCGUGAUAGACGGGAUGGAGGCCAACCUCAGUGUUUUCCAUGGUACCACUAA